AAUGAAAUCCACAAACGUUCCACAUCAAAUUUUUUCUUGGCAACGCUGUUUUUGACGUUUCUGUGCAACAAAAAUAAAUUUGCUCCAAUUGUUUGUAGUAAUUUUGCAGUAAAAAGAAACAUUUUGCAUGUAAAAAGAUAGUCUUACUAUGUUUAAACCACUUGUGUAUUAAAUUGUAGUUGGCUACAUAAAAUAAAAGAUAGUUCUUGUGAAACAGCAUAAAUUUCAUCACAAAACUGAAAAGAAAACCACCCAGAAAAUCCUGAAAGCAAGAGAAGAAGGAAAGCUAGUGAAUAGAGGAACAAAGAAAAAUACUAAAAAACGAGAAAGUACAAGAUAAGCUGCGUUUUACAUACUGUAGUGUAGUGUAUGUAAAAACAAAAAAAUACGUAAAUUAUAGUCUGCCACCGUUUACACUUCAUAAAAUAUCAAUUUCGGUUCCAUACGGCUGCUACGCGAAUAAAACACCAAUAGUAAUAAAGGCGUAAUACAAUAGUGGCCACUUAAGCAUAGUCUUGUUGUUGCAGUAAAGUGCCAGCGCCCAUCUGCGAUCGCACCCAGUCCUCCGCUGUAUACCACCUACUUGCACAUACAUUUGGCAGUUGUGGAACAGUGUACGUCCGCAAACAUGGCCAAUACAUUGGAAGAACAACAAAGUUUACGUGAAUGCGAGAACUACAUUCAGGCACACGGCAUUCAACGUGUUCUCAAAGAUUGCAUUGUUCAGCUUUGUGUUAGUCGUCCUGAAAACCCCAUUCAGUUUCUCCGUCAAUAUUUCCAGAAACUAGAAAAGUUUCAACUAGCUUUCCUGUUUGAAAUUUCCAAUAAAAAAGUGCAGAAGCCACUCAUUGAAGUGCUGCGUUGGUGUCAUUGUACACGCUGA